GUUCAACCAUCACUAUCAAAAAUACAAAUCCAACUACCACAGCCAGAAAUAUAGGCUUAAACAAUACAAUUAGCAAUAUAAGUUUAGCUACCACUGUUAGUAAUACAGGUCCAACUACUACUACCAGAAAUAUAAAUCUAAAUACUACUAUCUGCAAUACAA